AUGGGCGCUCUGGGCACUCUGGGCACUCCCCUGCCACCGGCAUGGCGUUCUGUUUACCGUGCCCCUCUGACUCCGGAAUGGCGUCACAUAUACCGUGCUAUCCUACGAGAAUGCUCCUACCUCCCCGACCCUCUCGCCCGAGCUUAUCACCAUGACUUCGUCGUCCAGCGGUUCCGACAGCAUUCAGAGGAUCCUCGAAAGUCUCGACACAAAGAUCCUUAUCGACAGAACCAGCUGCGCAAGGUGGCGACGCAGACGCUGUCGCUGUUCCGGCGGGCCAACGAGGGGUACUCGCGACCGCUUGAAAAAGUCCUGCGGCUGGCUUACGGACGAAGGGGCAAGAAAAGAAAGGACUUGCUCGAUACCCUAAUCCACCCCGAGUUUCCUACAGACCACAUGGCCCUCGAAGAGUUCCUGUCAAAACCAAGCAUAUUCAGCGACGGAUGGGAGCCACCUGCGGUCAUGAUAAGUCUGAUGAAGUCGCAAAGAAAUGCCGGCGUGGCCGCUCAAAUGAAUCUCCGAGCCAUCAAGCAGCUUGCGCCCGACAUCCCCAAGGAGAACAGCUGGGGCCAACCGGUCUCCGAGGCUCGUCGUCGAAAUAUCCGGAAGAAGUGGUUUUAUCGUGUACUACCGGACUUACUGCCUCCACUGCCGGACUCGGACGUCCAGAUACUAGAAGGGCUGAUUUCGGGGACUUAUCCGUGGACGGCACCGACGCGGAGGAAAGCUGUCGGUGUUGUUCCAGAGACCGAAAAGUCCCUCAUCACGGUUCUUUUGACUGAAGGCCCACAGAAAGGUGAAACACACAGAAAGUACGCCGCUGGCCGGCCACAUACAAUCACGCGGCGAUUCAUGGAGAAGCACUGGAGGCGCAUCUCGUCUCUAGUCCCGCGCAUGAAAUAUGACCCAAAUACACAGAAGCACAGCUUUACUUGGGAAACUUUCUGGAGGAAGCCCGGGAAGCUUGCCUUGGCACCUAAGGAGGGGAAUGACGGGCUUUUUGAAGGUCUUGACGCUCAUGGAAAGAUCAAACUAUAA